UUUUUUUUAUUUUUAUUUUUUUUAUUUUUAUUUUUUUAUCUUUUUAUUUAUUUUUACUUCAUUUUCAAUAUAUCCAAUAUCAUGUUAGUAGAAAGUGAGCCCUUAAAAUCAUCAUCAGCUUCUUCAAGAUCACUUCCAAUUAUGGGUUUAGAGUCAUACCCACCCUUGUUACGCAAAAAAACAAGCGAAAGUGAUCGAUCUAUGAUGGCAGUAACAAAAACAGAAAAUUAUGCCUCAGAAAAGGAACUUGUAGAAACAAACGAAAAUGCGAAAAAACCAUCAUCAACUCAUUCUAGAUCAAGGUCAAUUACUUCAUUAUUUACACGACAAAGAAGGCCCUCUAUUACGAGAACUCAUUCUCAACUAUCAAUUCCUGACAUUAUGACUUCAAGUAAAGCAAAGUCUAAACCACUAAUCAAAUUUAUCAGUUUUUUCCCUUUAAAAUCUAAUAACAAAUCAUCCUCUUCUCUGUCACCAAAAUCUACACUUUCUGAGAAAUCGUUAGAAUUUGAAGCUUUAUUAGAACAAUAUCCAUCGCGAACGAUUAAAACAAGUCUUACUCCAUGCACUGCCGCUUAAAUCUAGGGAAGAAAUAAUAAAAAAUUUCUUGUACAGAUGUGCAUGUAGAAUUAAAUAAAAAGCUGGAACUUUUUAUGAUUCAUAAUAGCAAUAAAAUACUCUUUACAUAAUAUAAUAAUAAUAAAUAAUAAACAUUUUUGC